AUAACCAUUUGCGGUUCGCACGUGUUGGCUUUGUUUUUAUUUAGUCAACUUCUCUUAAUAAUAUAAUAUAAUAUAAUUUUAAAGCAUGGCUGACUUUGAAUUACAAGACAGUGGCUCAGAAUUCGAUUCAGAGGACAAUUCUGAUGCUGAGCUGCAAGCGGCUUUCGAGCGUGGAGAUCUAAAACCUGGUCUUAAUGUUGAGUUCAGCGGACAACGAAAUAAAAUAAAUGAUAUAACCAAACUGUUGGCCAAAGCUCACGCCAUACGCCUGGAUCUACCAUGGGUGGAGCGCCUGGAUAUGAUCAACAAUUUGGCUCCUCUGGCACCCGAGCUGGCUGUACAGCUCGAAAAGCACGAACAGAAACGUGCGAAUCAGUUUAAGGGAAAUGCCAAAAUACCUUAUGUUCGACCCGAAGAGGAUCCCGUCCUAAAUGACUUUAAGCGUGAAAUGUUGUUCCAUCGCCAGGCACAAAGUGCGGUGCUGGAGGGAAUAAAGCGACUGCACGAGCUGGGUAUUAAGACGCGUCGUCCCGAUGACUAUUUUGCCGAAAUGGCCAAGUCGGACGAACACAUGCAAAAGGUACGCGCCAAUCUAAUGGCCAAACAGCAAGGACAAGCCAAAUCCGAGCGCAUCAAACAAAUACGCGAGCAACGAAAAAUGGGCAAAAUGCUGGCCAAGCAGACCAAGGUGCAGCGCGAAGCUGAGAAGAAGGAGAUGCUCGAUAAGCUGAAGAAAUUCCGCAAGGGCAAGCUUAAAAAUCUGGACUUCCUUGAAGAUGCUAAAGCCUUAGAGUCCAAGCAGAAGCAAUCGGCAGACAAACGCAAGCUGCGCAACAAAAAGUUCGGAUUCGGUGGCAAAAAGAAGGGUCUCAAACGCAACACCAAGUCGUCGGCAGCUGGUCUUGACUCAGAGAAAUCCACACGUCGUCAACGCGGCGUCAAGGCCGGUGCCUCGGUCAACAAACGGCUGGGCAAAUCCAGGCGCAUGAAGGCUAAGGGCAGAAAGUGAAUCAGGAUUAAGGGACAACAAAACUAGAUUUAUAAAUGCCUUCGUUUAGAUUUAUUAUAACUAAAUACAUUUCAUAUGUACAUAAAAGUGUAUGCUAUAUAUCAAUUAUAUAUAUAUAUAUUUCAACUA